AUGUACAAACCAUUCGCGCUGUUCCUCGUCGCCGCGCUGCUGUUGGCCGCAAAUAACUUGACAGAGGCCGCUGAGAAGAAAAGCCCGUUCGACGCACUAAUGGAGAUGGUCAACGGGUUCAAGGCGCAAAAGCCCGAGCUCGAGAAGGGAUGCGCUGAGGACAAUAAGACCGAAGUGUGCCACAAACUCUUCAACAAAAUCGACGACAUGACGGAAACCGCCGCCCCGGAUGAGAAUCCCUUCCACGAGUUCCUCGACGUCACCAAGGAGUACCAGGAGCACAAAGCGGAAGUGGAGAAGGAGUGCUUGGAGAAGAAUACGAAAGAAAACUGCAAUAAGGCCUUCGCCACCGUCGACGAGAUGAUCAAGCUGGUCAACGAGACGACGGAAAUCUACCAGAAGCUGAUCAAGCUCACCAAGGAGCUUCAGAAU